AGGGGGAUGUUUGGGGAGGAGCCCAGAGAUCCGGAGGUGGGAACCUGGUGGGAACCGAGGCCGUAAUCUGCAAAGGGAGCUGUGGCCUGGGUGUUGGCCCCCCAGUCCUUCAGGACAGUGCUGGCCGGGAAAAACUGCACUUAGCGAGGGGGGAGUGCAACGUGAUGUGUCAGCAGAAGCCCCCGAGAGGGGUAAUGGGGGUGGGAAACCUUUGACAACCAGGCCUCCGAAUUAGGAAAGAGUUUUCUGUUCUGGGAACUGGUCCGUCCACCAAGCACUCGGUAGCGUCUGUUUCCCGUCUUUCUGUGACGGUUUUCCUGACCAUGGCUCUGUGUCUUGUGGGUCCGAGCCUCUCCCGGGUUGCCAGUCUUUCUGUAGGUUGCGGCACUACGGCAGGCUACAGAAGAGGAAGGAAAUUAACCCCGAUCGGUGAAGGUCGAUUUGAGGGUCUGCUGUAGCAGGUGGCACCACUUGAAGCGAGGGAGGAAGUUUCCUCGGAUCAGUAGAGAUCACAAGGGUUGUUGGGCGUGGCACACCUCCAGGGGAGGGAAGAAGGGGCAAACUGCUUGUCUGGAGGAGGUCCACUUGUAGUAUCAGCUACUGUGGCCUUGAAGUGGGGCUGAAGACAAGACGAUCACCCUCCGCAGGCCUGCACCCAGCCAGGCCUAUAGCCAUCCUCCCCCAGCCUGAGUGACUACUCUGUUCCUUGGUCCCUGAUACUGUCAGGGACGAUUGCAUGGGCUACGCCAGGAAAGUAGGCUGGGUGACUGCGGGACUGGUGAUUGGGGCUGGCGCCUGUUACUGCAUUUACAAACUGACUAGGGGAAGAAAACAGAACAAGGAGAAAAUGGCUGAGGGCGGGUCCGGGGACGUGGAUGAUGUUGGGGACUGUCCUGGGGCCAGGUACAAUGACUGGUCAGACGAUGAUGAUGACAACAGUGAGAACAAAGGUAUAGUAUGGUAUCCACCUUGGGCCCGAAUUGGGACUGAGGCUGGGACCAGAGCUAGGGCCAGAGCAAGGGCCAGGGCUACCCGGGCACGGAGGGCCGUCCAGAAAAGGGCUUCCCCCAAUUCAGAUGAUACCGUUUUGUCCCCUCAGGAGCUACAAAAAGUUCUUUGCUUGGUUGAGAUGUCUGAAAAGCCUUAUAUUCUUGAAGCAGCUUUAAUUGCUCUGGGUAACAACGCUGCUUAUGCGUUUAACAGAGAUAUUAUUCGUGAUCUGGGUGGUCUCCCAAUUGUGGCAAAGAUUCUCAAUACUCGGGAUCCCAUAGUUAAGGAAAAGGCUUUAAUUGUCCUAAAUAACUUGAGUGUGAAUGCUGAAAAUCAGCGCCGGCUUAAGAUAUACAUGAAUCAAGUGUGUGAUGACACAAUCACUUCUCGCUUGAACUCAUCUGUGCAGCUGGCGGGACUAAGAUUGCUUACGAACAUGACUGUUACUAAUGAGUAUCAGCACAUGCUUGCUAAUUCCAUUUCAGACUUUUUUCGUUUAUUUUCAGCGGGAAAUGAAGAAACCAAAUUUCAGGUUUUGAAACUCCUUUUGAAUUUGGCUGAAAAUCCAGCCAUGACUAGAGAACUGCUUAGGGCCCAAGUACCAUCUUCGCUGGGCUCCCUCUUUAAUAAGAAGGAGAACAAAGAGGUGAUUCUUAAGCUUCUGGUCAUAUUUGAGAACAUAAUUGACAAUUUUAAAUGGGAAGAAAAUGAACCUACUCAGAAUCAGUUCAGCGAAGGCUCACUUUUUUUCUUUUUAAAAGAAUUUCAAGUGUGUGCUGAUAAGAUUCUGGGGAUAGAAAGUCAUCAGGAUUUUUUGGUGAAAGUAAAAGUUGGAAAAUUCAUGGCCAAACUGGCUGAGCAUAUGUUCCCAAAGAGCCAGGAAUAACUUCUUGAUUUUGUAGUUUAGAAGCAACACACGUUGUAAACUGUUCCUUUUCUCCACCUUGUUUAUAUGGUAAAGGAAUUCUUUCAGCUGCCAAUUUUGAGUAAUGAAUAUCAUAUUGUAUCCUCAACACUGAUAUUUAUCUGAGUUGGUCUUCAGGCCUAAGCUGGAUGAGUGAAUAUCACUACUUGUUCUGAAAACACGUUUGUUGCUUUUUAUCUUGCUGCCUAGAUUGAAAUAUUUUUACUCUUUCUUCUGCAUAAGUGACAGUGAACUAAUUCAUCAUAAAUAAGCUCCUUCCUGUCAUUUGCAUUGACUUCAUUUGUGUAUCAUCAAUAAAGUUGUGCAUUAAUGCUGGGAAAAAAAAAGAAAGAAAGAAGGAAAGAAACCAUCCUUGUCUUUCAGUUUAUAAUCUAGUUGGAGAGAUAAGAAACAUGCAAACAAAAAGAUAACAGAAUAACUUGAACAUAGAUACUCAUUGUCAAAUAUGUGAGCUCAGAGCACAGAGGAAGCAAAGACUUCUGUGGGAUACAGUAGUCAGCUACAGAUUUUUGGAAAAAGUGGUCAUUGAAAAUGAAUUCUCAGUGGGGUGGGUAGUUAGGGCAUUCCAUGUGAUGGGAGUGAGGGGGGGACUGGUGUGAGAAAAGCAUGGAGGUAGGAACUCUUCCUAUGACAGUGAGGAGACUAGUCUGCUUAGAGAGUGUGGAAGUAAACAGAUUUGGAAAGCCAGCUGCAGCCAGUUUGUGAACUCUUUGAAUAUUAUUCCACUGAACACUGAGAGCCACUAAAUAAUUCUGACUAGGAAGGAUAAUUGUAAUUCAUAUAAAAGUCCCUCUCUCAUCUAUUGUGCAAUGUCCAUGAGGGUGUGGCAAAAUGGACCCUUUCAAAAUGGACCUUACAGUGGCACAGGGUUUGUGAAGGGCCAUUUGGCAAUAUAUAUCAUAAGCCUUAAAAUAUGUAAACCCUUUGUCCUAAGGAAAUAAUUGAAACAUUGGCCAAAGAUAGUAUUACAAGGCUGUAACUCUCAGCACUGUGUGAAAGAGUAAAAAUUGGAAACAACUUAAAUGUCUAGCACACUGGAUUGGUUAAUAAAUUAAGGAAUGUUCACACGGUCUAAGAUAAACAUGUUGAUUAGAAUUCAUAUUGCCAGGAAAAGAUAUUCAUCAUGAAUUGUUAAGCGAGAAAGGUAGGUUAGAUAGCAGUAUUUAUAGUAUGAUUCCAUUUUUUUUGAGAAUAUAAACAUGUUUAAGUAGAUACUAAAAACUCUGGAAUUAAAGAUAUCCAAAGAGUAACAGUGGUUAUCUUUGGGUGAAAGGAUAGAGUAAUUUUUACCUUUUUACUUUUUAUUCAUCUACAUAUUCUUAUUUAUGUAAAACCAAUAAUUAUUUUUCAAAAAUUUUUAAAAAAGAAAAGCAUUAGGAAUGAAGCAGUGAUUGGUUGGAGCAUGUACUGAGCCGAAAAAACAAUUAAACAGGAGAUGGGUUUAAGUUUUCUCUUUGAAAUAAUAGGUGAGUACUGAAGAUGGCACUCAUUGUGAGGACAGAUGAAGAAAUACAUGCAAAAUACUUAGAAUGUUUUGGCACAUAGCAUUUAAUUAAGAAAAGUGAGUACGCUUAAUUCCCUAGAAUUCAGGACUGAUCAUUCUUUUGGUUGACCUUUGUUUUGCCGGGGGCGUUCUGCCACGUGUCAGCAUCAUUUAAUAAAUAAUAAGAACAAUAAAGGUUAGCAUUUAUUAAGUGACUAUGGUGUAGAGUUCUGUCAUUCCUGCAAGGCAACUGUUAAAAUAAUUUCUCAAAUAAAUAGGGUUUCCUUAUUUCUAAGGACUCAAAGUGUUUCAUCAGACAUGAUCUUACCCGCUGUCACAACAUAUUCCUAGUUAGUUUGGGGAUGUUAUCCUGCUUUAUACAUGAGGCCAGGAAAGAGUAAAAUCUCUGUUUUAGCCCCAGGCUUCCAUAUACUUUCUCUAAUGUUGCCUAUAGUAGACAAAAGGACCAAGGACUGCUUGCCUUAAAGUUGUUGGGUAUGGUGACCCUAUUGAAUUAUGCACAUGUGGGGAUUCAUUUAACAUCAGUUUUAGGGGUGGAAUGAGGUCAAGGGAACUAAUAUUUUUCUUGCAAAAAAGAUUUGGGAGGGGAAGACUAAUCCAUUUAAAAUAAAUUGAGUUUGAGGUACCUGUGGCACAUCCAGAUGGAGACAGAAUAUUGUCAUUUGAAUUUAUUGAUCUGGCACUCAGAGAAGACUAGGCUGCAGAUACAGAUUUGGGGGUUAUCAGAGGAUGAGUGAUCAUUGAGGGCAUGGAUGUGGAUGUGAUCCCCAUAGAGAAGGUACAGAGUAUAAGAGUGGACGGCUGCAGAAAGAACUAGGUAAGGGACUAAGGCAGCUGGAGAGAGAAGCAUAGAAUUGCAACUGUGUAUACCUUUCCAGACCUGAAUCUUCAGAGCCUGAUUUAAAAUUUAUCUCUUUUUCUCCUAAAAGUUAUUCACUAAAGAUAAUUGAGAAAAUAGAAACAAUUAAACCAAACUUGUCUCCUGACCCAUAUCUCUAUCUUGAACAUCUAAAAAAUGUUAAGAUCAAGUCAUGUUGAAAUUGGGGUGCUGAGCAACUUUUCUUCAUGGGCUGAAAAUGAGGUUAACUUAGGUAGUGAAAAGCCAUGAUGAGGCAGGGGCACAGGCCUGACUCUCAUCCCUUUCUCCCUUCCCAUUCUUCUUCCCUCUCCCUCUCUCCCUCCCUCACACCUCUAUCUUUACUUCCUCCUUCUGAAAGACCAUUGGCACUAGUCUCUUUGUGUGUCUGUGUCUUUUGGGGGUGACUGUUUGAUCCCCAUGACACCAGGCCAUGCACCAGUGGGCAUUUACUAUAGAAUGAUAAUUGUUGCUUUGGUUAUCUGGUGACCCUGGGUGUGCUGGAUGCCAGGAUUUUUUGGACCUUGGUGGAACAGAGACUGAGAAGGCACUAGUCAUAGCAUGGCACAGCCCUAUGGUCACCGCAGGUAGUUUUGAUGUCCCACACCUGGUAUCAUUUGGAACCGAGUCACCUGGACUUUGGGUUGGGAAGUGCUGUGUGAGACAGAUGUGUGACUGCCUGGUCCAGGCAGACCACAGGGCCAGCCCAGCCACACGCGGAUGUCCCGAUGCUUUCCCAUCGGAGGUUGCCCCUCUCCAUCAUCUUGACAAGGGCAUAGUUCUAGGGUUGUGGCCGUGAUGAUGGCAGCUCCUGGGGGCAGGGAGGAGGCCAUGUCCUCUCUUUAGAGAGGAUGGCAGCUUCUGGGAAACUGAGGGAAUCAGAAACUCAGAGGAUAUCCUGCUAUUUUGGUUUUUCUCGCAUCUAAUGGUUUUAGGAAUUUAAGUGGGCCUAUCCCAGUCAAAUGUGUUCAGAGGUGACUUUACAGAGAUGGAGUUUAGUUCUCUUAUAAAUCAUCACCCAAAGCAUACUAUUUCAAGGCUCAGGAAACUGGUUUUCUAUUUUUAAAGUCGUAUGUCACUUGCCUUGCUUCAAAGAGAUUCUAAGUGUAGCAAAUUGAUGUGGUUGAGGCAAAUUUUGUGUUUGUACCUCUGUUUGGUUAAUUUCUCUGCUAAAUUCUCUUGGGAAUGGUUUUGCCGAGAAUGAUAAUGACUAUUUUCAGUGCUAUCUUUUUACGUUCAUUUUAUAUCACAUCCCAGUCUGAAGGUUUUUUUCUGAUUUCUCUGUUUACCAACUAUGGCUCUUUUCUUGCCUUUAAACCAGAACUAUCAUGCUGCCAUCUGAGGUGCAGAAGCCUCGCAUAAUGGUUCCUGGUGUGCCCUGCUCUGAGGUGUGGUAUCAAGCAGGAUAACACAUGUUUACUUUCAGAGAUGUGUAUCUCCAUGCUUGACCCUCUCCGUUGGGUCCUUCUGGGGCCUUGUGUUAAGGGCUUGGGCAAUGCUGGGUUUGGGGAUAGGCCUGAGAAAAGGGAUCAGGGAAGAGGCAGGAGAGAAGCCUUAUUGGAGGGGUCACUUUAUUCUGACAGGUUCAUGCCAAUGGAAUUCAAUCCACCACUGACAGUGGGCCAAGGGCAACUCUCUGCGCCUGUUGACCAUUCACAUUUUUAAAAGUGAAAGAGUAAGUGUGAUACAAGCAUUUUUGUUUGGGCUCUAAUGAGCCUUCUGUUUAUUGAGCAUUUCUAAGUUUGCACAUGGACAUAGCAUGUUAUUAAAUGGGGUGGAAUUUCUUUUUAAAAAUAAAAAAAGAACGGCAAUCUAUGUUCUUAUAAGAAAUGUAAUUACCGAAUAGGCCAGGUUCUUAGUGUUCACUGCUCAGAACAUUCUGUCCCUAAGAUCAAUGUACUUCACAAAGCAAAUUAUCAUCAGAACGUUGUUUAUUUAGUGCUCAGGGAAUCAGGGCAAGUUGACUUAGCUAGAUUUUAGUACUGUCAAAGUAGGAGAACCUGAUGCAUCUGUGUCUGCUAAGAGGAUUGACUUGUAGUUGAAAUCAAACACUUGUAUUCAAGAGCUAGAGCAUGUUUCUCCCAGAACACAAUUACCUAUUUUGUCUGCCUAGAUGCUCUUUGCCAGAGGUGGAUCAUCAGUUGAUGGUUGUUUUAUGAUUGUUAGGAUGUUAUCAGUUAGCUCUCAUACAGAGUUUGAGAAAUUUUACUUUUACAGCAGGAGAAAACUGUAGUAUUUGCAAUGUAUUUGCUCCUAGAUGCUGGUUAGUAUCUCCUUUUUUUUGGAUUUUUUUGGAUGGGUAAUCAUAACUUGUUAUUGAUUUUUUGAAAACCUAGCAAAAGAAAUUGUCACCUCUUUAGUUCUCCCCCCAUUUCUAUUUCAAUCUUCUGUUCACUUAAAUGUGGUUUAAAAAUAAUCUUGCUAAUUUUUGUGGCUUUCUUUCAAUGUUAUAAUGAACACAUUGACACAAUAGAAUGGAUCAAUAAAAGAAAACUUAAUUUUUACCUUCUUCCAUCAUA